UUUAGUUUACGUGCAGUCUGCAUUAAUCUUUACAAUUGACCUAAUCGAGCCUCAUCACUUUCCCCCCGUUUUUGUUUGUUUUGUUUUUCUCCCGUUAUUUUUAAAUAAUUUGUUAAAUUGUGUAAAUACGUUUUUGUAUUACUAUUUCCCCCUCCCAAUACAUUCUCCAGAAUGGAACUCAAUUCUCUUCUAAUUCUUCUUGAAGCAGCAGAGUAUUUGGAAAGAAGAGACAGAGAAGCUGAACACGGUUACGCGACUGUUUUACGGUACGACAGCGACCUUUGCAGAAAGAAAACAUCUUCUCCAAUUUUAAGGAAAUCUCACAACAACAGGUCGUCACACAAUGAGCUGGAAAAACACAGACGUGCCAAACUGCGACUGUACCUGGAGGAGUUGAAACAGCUUGUGCCUUUGGGUCCUGAUAGCAACCGUCACACCACACUGAGCCUGCUCAAGCGUGCCAAAAUGCACAUCAAGAAGCUUGAGGAACAGGACAGGAAGGCUGUAAAUGUGAAAGAACAGCUGCAGAGAGAACAUCGCUACCUCAAACGGCGCCUGGAGCAGCUCUCUGUACAGGGCUUAGAACGCAUUCGCACUGACAGCAUGGGCUCCACUAUCUCCACCGACUCCGAGCAAGAUGUGGACGUUGACAUAGAGGGGAUGGAGUUCACACCGGGCGAGGGUGAUAGCGUGGACAGUGUUAGCGAUGGUGAGGACCGCUUCAGCCUGCAGAGCAGCUCCAGCGACGGAGGCCUCCAUUUACAUUCCCAGAGACUACAGGCUCACAUCUGCUAGGUCGUGCCAGACCACGACUGUGCCACCUCCGACAUGCCCAUCAGCCACUCCCAGCUGGCAGGAAGCACCUGGCUGAGCCUCCUCAUGUGAUUUCCACUCUUCAGAACACUCUUUCCUCUCCCAACCCUUUAAAUCAGCCCUACAAGAAAACACAGACUAGCAAUCUGCGGUUUUGGUGGGAACAUACAGUAUGUAGUGUGGUAAUGCAGUUUUGACUUGUCUGUUCAGUUGUGUAUUUAAGUACUAGAAAACUGAGAAACAGAGGCUCUGUUCCAAAACCUAGGAAGCUGCCUUGAUGUCUACUGGACAGUCUACAUGUGCAGCUACGUAGUAAGGGGGCAACCUCAGUGAAAUGGAAGAUUUUAGGUGACUGAAUUGAAACACUCUUUCUAGGCAGAGACCGUUAACGCUCACGCCACUCAAAAAAGCGGUUUUCAUGUGAUGUGUAGGUGCCAUAGGUGUCUUUUACCACUUUUUGCCAUUGCUGAUUUUGUCCCUAACGCUUUCGGUAGGUAUUUGUCUAAUAAUCGUAUCUAAGUCUUCACUGGAGUUUAUAGUUUGUAGUGUUUUGCUGUGUUUGCUGCGGUUGUCCAAAGGAGCAAAACGUGGAAAUGUUCAACGCUUGGCAACGUCCUCUUUUGCACGCUCGCACUCUUCUUCUCUGUCGCUCAUCUGCCGCCCGCUCUCCGAUCCAGAUAAAUAACAAAACCAAAAACCACAACAACAACAACAUAAAAACAUAUUACGGGAUUCAUUUAAACCCUGAUCCCCUUGAAUCCAAAACUAAAGCUUAGACCAACAAGUCAUGGCUUCGCAUCAGGAGUGAGCGAAUGAUGCCUAAACAUGCUGUCCUGCCAGGCAACUCACUAGGUGUUGGAAUAGAGCUAGCAUGUUAGUUAGUUAGCUAGCAUGAUGCGCGUGCUUUUGUAUGACUUUGAGGGGGGAAAUUCAUUGACAGUAUUUUGCAUAAUGGGUUUGAACAAGAUCUGUUUGUUGUGCACUUCUCACAUACUCAUAUAUGUUUCUUCUUUCAGUAGUAAUGAUGUAGCAUAAACAUGGAAAGCCGUGGCUUUCUCGUGCAUUGAUAAUUCUGGACCAAGACUUGGAAGAUGAGCAGGCCAGUUCAUUAAUCUCCUCUCACCUGCUCGUUCUGAACUAAACAAUACAGCGUACUUUUAACUCUACAGCACAUUUAUCACGUUCAUUUGCUUAGCUUGUAUCUGUGUGAGGCCAGCACUCAAACUGACAUGUCAAAACUGUAUGUGUGGAAAAAGCUCUUCGUUGAGGUGUUGGGUACCAUCCGAGAAUUACAUUCAUUUGUGCAGUAUAUUUUUCCCUUUCUAUGUUCAAUGUAGAUGACAUCACCAUCAUCCUUUAAGGUCUAAUGCAGUAUAUUUGCAAUACCGUGUGCAAUAUUUAGUAUAAAAAAGAGAGUACUUAAGAGUUGGGCAUGCCAACCUCCACAAACAGACCUGGUCUGCACAGCAGGCUUGACCAAAAAAAAAAGACUGAAAGUGAUUUUAAAUGUGUAGUAUAUUUUCUAAAGAAUUUUAUUUUCCUAAAUGUUCCUCAGUUGAAAGACAAAACAAAAAAGAAGAGUAUAUGAAAGGCUUUUACGUCAAUUUGGGAUUUCGUCCCAUAGAUUUCCCACUGUCAAUGCCGUGCCUUGGUGACUUUCCAUGUCCCCCUGUUCCUCUCGUAUCCUUGACACAUCGCUCCAUCCUUGCUCAAAUAAACAACCUGCCAGCCUCCAUCCUCAGGCCUUAAAUAGACUCUUCCUCAUGCUUUUGGUAAAGAGUAAUGAGGAAUAGGCGUGUUGUAACGAUCACAAUUAAAAUCUCUUGUCUCUUCAUUCUUUCCUUUCUGUGUGCCAUGCAAUGUCGGCUUCUCUUUUAAAAACAUCACCUAAUCAACUCUGUCCUUACUCCUGAAAUGUGUCAUUCAGAAAGACUUUAGGAGAAGAGCAUCGGAAUCAAUGAUUAAUGGCAGCUCGAGACCCCCAAUGGUAGCACCUGUUCUAGUGUUAAUGUAUGCCAGAGGUGGUCAUAGUAUGGAUUCAUGUGCCAGUAUGAGCAAUGCAGCAAUCUGAAUAUGAUUUUUAGUGCUUGUUUUGUAAAGGGGUGGAUGUAAAGCAGCUCUGUUUCAAAACGAUGGGGCAUUUGUGACCAACGUUAUUGUGAAAGUGAAUAUAACAUUGAUUUUACCUCUCCAAUUCAACAUUGAAGUCUUUUAUUUUGUACUUUAAUGAAAGCUACAUUGUUCAAGAAGAGUUUACAUUUAUGUCAUGGGUAUGCCUGACUGUUCGUAGCAAAACAUUAUUAUUCAAGUGGCUUGCAGAUUAACACCAACAAAAAAACCUCCUGCACAGAACCUCCCGUUGACAUGGUUUACUUGAGAAUUGGACUUGUGGGGUACAUAUGAGAUUUUAGCUUUCAAAUGACAUGCUACAUCAUUGUGCAUGUGAAGUCGUGAAAUGUAGCUAAAGAUCAGUUAUGCAAUAGCAAUAUACUUUAUGACAGCGCUAUUCAGACGCAGCAUGGUUUUGGAGGAAAGCUUUAAAACACUAAACUGAGUGCAUGUCAUCUGACUGGAACUACUGUAAUUAUGUGUACAUCUUAGAUCCAUCGUCCAUCACUCAAAGAGAGAGAGACAGAGAGUUGUAUCCACUAGGAAGACACAAAUGAUGACGUUGAGAUAAGCACAAGGGCUUCUGAAAGAACAGAUCAGAUCAGAUGACUAAUACAAAAUCGUCUUAUCCUUGGUAUGCACGUAAUGGCACUAAAAGAACUUCAAUGAAAUGGUUCCUGCCAUAUAAGUGAAAUUUUAUUUUUCUAAGUAACCCCUUCUCGUUUUAGGAGACAUCAGGUGUAAUUUCAGAUUUAUAUCUUUAUAUGAAUAGCCUAUAGAUUUGUAAGUCUUAUUUUCUGUGCACCGUGCUUAUUCCGCUGCUUUUAUUUGUUAAGUGUUAAUGCAGCACUUUGUUGACAGGUUGGAGAUUUUGGUUGAGAUGUUGUUAUGAGAGAAAGGCGGAGCUUUGUGCUUCACUGAAGAAGGAGGGUUCUGUGCCUGUGAACAGAUUUACUUUUAGAAAACUAGUAAUAUGCAUUCAUAUAUAAUAUUAUAAAGGUCACCCCCCCCCCCACCCCACCCACCCCCAUUUGUGUGUGUACACUAUUACAUGGUGCUGGCGAUGUUUUGAGCCCACACUUUGAGGUAUAAUGUAUUCUUGUAUUGUAAUACAAAUUAUUAAAAUGUUUUA